AACCAUAGGCGGAAAUCCCGGGGGGACACGAUGCUUUGAAUGUAACUGGCUCAUCUGCAGCGUCCUCUCUUCUGUAAAUAGUAGCUAACAUCUCCCUACCAUCCGCCACCCCCAUUAUCGGCCGUUUCUAGUUCAAAAUCCUCUCAAGUUCAAAAUGUAAAUGCACUGGAAAGCAACGGUACGUUUUGCUAAUCAAUAUACCCUUUCAUCUAGCCCACUACCAUAUUUUAUUAUAAUGUAUUGAGGUUAAAACACUUUUUUUGUUGUUUUAGGUAAAGUUGCAAUUCGUGAAAUUCGGCUUGCACGACAGACCAGAGGUCGUAUCAAAGUGAUCAGUCUUUUUUCUUUAUCCAAAGGCAAGAAAGAUAGCUACAAUAGGGGGUUCUACGAGAUUAAUGAAAUACUCAAGUUUGACUAUUGCAUUAUUUGUGAUGCACUGUACCUUUGGACAGAGCUCCCACAAUAAAGGACAACAUUAUGUAGGUCACCAGCAACAUCCUGAUCACAACAUGGAUCUAUUACUGGGAACUGAGGAAGGAGAUGAAAUAAAUAAACUUAGACCAUCUGAGCAAAGGGACAAAAUGAUGGAAGUUUUGAAGAAGAUUGAUAUAGAUUCAAACAAGCAAUUAAACUCAGAGGAGAUCACACUAUGGAUUCAGCAUGUCUACCGGAAAUAUGCAUUUGUUGAUGCAAAGGAGCGCUUCCCUAGUUUUGACACCAACAACGAUGGUGUGGUGUCAUGGGAAGAAUACAACAAGGUCGUCCAUGCACAAGCCUUUAACAUUGAUGAGAAUGCUAUUCUGGAGGAUCCAGAGCAAGAAUCUCUCAGAUUUCUCCACAUGAAGGAGAAGAAGCGAUUUAACUUUGCUGACGUUGAUGGCACACCAGGUCUUAACCUAACAGAGUUUCUCGCAUUUACACAUCCAUCUGAGGUGGACCAUAUGGCUGAUUUUACCAUUGAAGAUGUGUUGACGGACUACGACAAAGAUAAAGAUGGGUUCAUCAAUCUACAUGAAUUUAUUGGUGACAUUCAAAAUAAUGACGGUGACCCAUCACUGUGGGAGAUUGAGGAAACUGUGCGCUUUAAGAAUCUCUAUGAUGAAGACAAGGAUGGUAAACUGAAUAGAGAGGAGCAGCUCCGCUGGGUGGCUCCUAACAGCUAUGGUUCGGCACGUGAGGAGGCUAUUCGCCUCAUCAAAGAAAUGGAUCAAGACGGUGACGGAAGACUGUCAGAGGAAGAGGUUUUGAAAAAUCAAGACAUUUUUAUGAAUAGUGAAAUAACAGACUAUGGAAGACAGCUUUAUGAGCCACAUGACGAAUUAUAACAGAUGCUAGUGUAUUUUUCCAAAAAGAUCUAUAUUUUUUCUGUUAAGUUCAAUAAAUAAUGUAUGUAU